GUGCCCACCAUGCCUCGCAUCCUCCCCACAUCCACCAUCCGAUCCGCACUCUUACCAACAGUACCACCUGCAGCAGCAUCAACAAAAAUACCAACCCGAACUCUCUCUUCCGUCCUCAACCAAAUGUCCACAACCACCCCCCGAACCCUCGGAGGCGGUGGUAUCGGCACAAACCAACCGCCAAACCCCGCCUCGGAAAUCCGCACAAUCUCCAAAACAUUGAGUUACACUCUCCGCCAUGGCGCCGUGAGGGAAGGCCUAGCGCUGCAAGACGACGGGUACGCCAACGUCGGCGAAUUGGUUCCUACCACCCCACAUCCCUUUCCCUCCUCUCCCUGUGCUAGCGCUAACCCUCGGACAGCUCCAACUCCCAAAAUUCCGCAAGAUGGGUCUAACUUUCGAGAAGCUCCGUCAAGUUGUUUCCGAGAACGACAAGCAGCGUUUCUCCCUUACCCCCGCCACCCCUUCCGGUACCGCCACCGCCGAGGCGGCGGCGAUAGCGGGGGACCCGCAUACCUACCUGAUCCGCGCAACUCAAGGCCACUCCAUCACCCUCGCCGACACCAGCACCCUCCUGACCCCGCUUCCACCCAACAUCACCAGCGCCGUUCACGGCACAUUCUACUCCGCCUACGAGGCCAUACUAGCCUGCGGAUACCUAUCACGCAUGGGGCGCACACACAUACACCUCGCCACAGGUGAGGUUGGCGUCAAGAGUGGGAUGAGGGCGGACGCGCAGGUGCUCUUCUACGUGGAUGUGGAGAGGGCGAGGAGGGAGGGUGGCGCCGAGUUUUGGAUUAGUGAGAAUGGGGUUGUUCUUACUGCUGGUGAUGAGUUGGGGAGGCUUGGGUUGGGGUUUGUGGAGAGGGUGGUGAGUAAGAGCUUGGGCGUGCUCUGGGAGGGGGGCAAGGUUGUGAAGGAGUUGCCCGAGGAGCUUAAAGGAGGGAGGAUGCCGGUUGGGAAGGGGCAUGUCAAAAUGAGGGGCGGUGGCGGGAGAGGGGGAAGAGGUAGAAGGGGUGGGGGUAGGGGUGGAGAUGUGGGAGAGGGGACAAGUAGAAUUGGUGUUGUAGAUCCUUGA